CCCGAUUUACGACUCCGAAACGACUAGCGCGAUGGCCGAAAAGGAAGCAGUUCCAGCUUCAACGUCAGAGUCGACAAUCCUGAACGACAGAGCAGACAGAAAAACUGAUAAAGCUCCAAAGGCAUCAUGGAAGGAAGGCGAGACCCACGUCCUUCCCAAAAACAACCUCCCUAUCGUCUUCACCGGCUUCAUGUUCUGCGUGUUCCUCGCUGCUCUCGACCAAAUUGGCUCAGCGUUAUGCGGUGCUUCACAAACCAUGAUUAUGCUGGUGGUUUCAAGAGCAGUUCAGGGGAUUGGAGGCGGUGGAAUCAUCAUGUUGGUGAACAUUACCAUCAGCGACAUUGUUCCAUUGCAAGAACGAGGUAAAUAUGGCGGGUUCAUCGGCGCCACCUGGGGGAUUGCCAGUGUCGUGGGACCACUAUUAGGUGGAGCGCUUACAGACCACGUUUCGUGGAGAUGGUGUUUCUUCAUCAAUCUUCCUACAGGAGCAGUUGCUGCUGGUCUGCUCUUUUUCUUCCUCAAUCUCAACCCCCACCAAGGACGGUCGUUCCGGGAACACGUUCAAGAGUUCGAUUUUGUUGGCAUUAUCUUCAUCGUCGGAGGUAUUGUUUGUGUCUUACUUGGAUUCAACGAGAGUGAAAUUGGCUGGUCAAGGCCUUCCACCAUAUCUUUGAUAACCAUCGGGAUCGUGCUUCUCAUCGCCGGUGGGAUUAAUGAAAGCUACACCAAACGAUCACCCAUCGUUCCUCCCCGCCUGUUCAAGACUAGGACCACGAGCAUCCUCCUGACCACCACUUUUCUCCAUGCGCUCGGCUUCUUUUCCGGCGCUUUCUAUCUGCCGCUUUACUAUCAGGUUUUGGGUGCCUCUGCGACCAAGGCUGGAGUUGAAACGAUUCCAUAUUCAUUGGGCUGUGCCUUUACCUCUGCUGUGUCCGGCAUAGUUGUCUCCAAAACCGGCUCCUAUCGCCCUAUGAUGUGGGGUGCUUUCGCCGUGUUUACCUUGGGAAUGGGCUUGAUGACAAUGUUGGACGGCGAUUCCUCAACCGCCGAAAAGGUUCUUUAUACCCUGAUUGCUGCGCUGGGCCUAGGGUGCUUGUUCCAGACGCCUUUAAUUGCAUUACAAGCUGCGAUGCCCAUCAAAGAUAUGGCAACGAGUACUUCGACCUUUGGGUUUAUCAGAACCUUGGGCGCUACUGUUGGCAUUUCCGUUGGCCAAGCCAUCUAUUCCGGGGUAUUGAUGAAGAAGAUCGAGAAGAUGGAUAAUCUCCCUCCAUUCCUCGAAAGCGCUACUCCCGGUGAACUUAGCCAGAGUGUCUAUCGCUUGCGAACGAUAACGGAUCCGAAUCAACGAGCGGCUAUUAUUGACGCCUACACUCGCUCGAUCAGCACUAUCUGGAUCGUAAUGACCCCUAUCAUUGGCGUUGCCUUCAUUAUGGUCCUGUUCCUUCGGAAGUAUACUUUGAAACGCACGAUAAUUCGAGCUGGCGACGAAGAAACCGCGACGCCCACCAACAUCAGUUCUAACGAAAAGGAUGACGAGAACAGGGCUGUUGACGCGACCAGCAACAAUGCAUCAGACCACCCCGAUCGGGAUCUGGAGCGGGCGAGGCCCACAGGUUCUUCUGGCUCACCGUCCAUCUCGGAAACGCUGGGGACGGGGGCGGCGGGAGCAAAAGACGCACCAACAACAUCGGGACAUGCUGGGACUGAUUCGACAAUACAAGAAACAACGAACUCAACGUCUUCGGACGUAAAAGCUGCAUGA